AUGCCUAUGAUCACUGCUGCCACCACCCUUCGACGGGCUCUUGAGGACCCCAAGUCUUUCGUCGUCGCGCCGGGCGUCUACGAUGGGCUAUCCGCCCGCAUCGCCCUCUCCGUGGGCUUUGACGCUCUGUACAUGACCGGCGCCGGUACUGCUGCCUCGGUCCACGGCCAAGCGGACUUGGGCAUCUGCACUCUCAACGACAUGCGCGCCAACGCCGAAAUGAUCUCCAACAUCUCCCCUAGCACCCCCGUGAUUGCCGAUGCAGACACCGGAUACGGCGGCCCUAUCAUGGUCGCGCGCACGACAGAGCAAUACUCUCGGUCCGGAGUAGCCGCCUUCCAUCUGGAAGACCAGGUGCAGACGAAACGCUGCGGACAUCUGGCCGGCAAGAUCCUCGUAGACAAGGAGACCUACGUGACGCGCAUCCGGGCGGCGGUGCAAGCUCGACAGCGGAUUGGCAGUGACAUCGUCGUGAUUGCUCGGACAGAUUCCCUUCAAACCCACGGCUAUGAGGAGAGUGUGGCUCGACUGCGGGCAGCACGCGAUGCAGGUGCGGAUGUGGGAUUCCUCGAGGGUAUCACGUCCAGGGAAAUGGCCCGGCAAGUGGUCCAGGACCUGGCACCGUGGCCGCUAUUGUUGAACAUGGUGGAGCAUGGAGCCACACCGUCGAUCUCAGCAGCGGAGGCCAAGGAGUUGGGUUUCCGUAUCAUCAUCUUUCCGUUUGCGGCAUUGGGGCCUGCCUGUGCCGCGAUGCGCGAUGCGAUGGAGAAGCUGAAGAAGGACGGGAUCCCAGGGCUGGACAAGGAGAUGACGCCACAGAUGCUUUUCCGAGUGUGCGGGCUGGACGAGAGCAUGAAGGUCGAUGCGCAAGCGGGGGGUGCGGCCUUUGAGGGAGGAGUGGAUCUGCAGUAG